AUGGCUAGAGGUCCUGCAAGACGCCUCCUUUCUCUCUGUUCAUCACGGAAAGAUUUCACCAGGUUUAGAACUGCUUUUCCCAACAAAGAUUUGCUUCGUUCCGACUUUUCAAACCCAUCAAGAAAAUCCCCAAUUUUCGCCAUCCCUCUACGGAAUUUUCUUUGUGCAGCUCAGUUCCGGGAUUUAGCAAAUUAUAGAUUUCUCAGUUUUCAGAGGCACCCUUUUUCGUCACUGACGGAUAAUGAAUCUCCUAGUUUGAAUUCAGCUGCUCCUGUCCUUGAAUCAGUAGUUUCAGAGGAUGAUAAUGCUAAUGAUCUUGUACCACAAGUUACGGAAGAAGAUGUUGUGAAUGAUCUUGGGUUGGAACCGGAGGAACCGGGGAAUAAGAAUUUGGAUUCUCAAAAGGAAUUGAAUUUUGUUCAGAUUGCGAACCGUGAUCCCAUAGAAAUUUAUAGGGAGCUCAGGGAUGCGCCAAGACCUGAUAAACUGAGCAAAAGGGAUUGGGAUGUGUUAAUUGAGGUUUUCAGGGGGUUCAGUAAGUCGGGAUGGGCUUCGAACCAGGCUUUAGCUGUGUAUAUUGGUGCUGCUUUUUAUCCGACAGCAGCUCACAGUUUUCGUGGUUUUUUCUUUAAGAAGUGCAAGACUGAUUUAGUCAAGUACUUGGUUUCACUAGGGACUGGUGAUGAGGCUGAUAAGUUUCUAUUUCCCAUAUUCGUUGAGUUUUGUUUGGAAGAGUUUCCUGAAGAGAUUAAGAGGUUUAGGGUUUUGGUUGAGUCAGCUGACUUGACGCUGCCGCAUACAUGGUUUCCUUUUGCUAGGGCUAUGAAGCGUAAAAUUGUGUACCAUUGUGGUCCAACUAACAGCGGCAAGACUUACAAUGCAUUACAAAGUUUCAUGGAAGCAAAUAAGGGUGUUUAUUGUAGUCCUCUUAGGCUAUUGGCCAUGGAAGUUUUUGAUAAGGUUAAUGGGCUAGGGGUUUAUUGCAGCCUUCUCACAGGACAAGAGAAAAAGCAUGUUCCUUUUGCAAAUCAUGUUGCUUGUACUGUUGAAAUGGUUUCAGUUGAUGAGUUGUAUGAUGUGGCUGUCAUUGAUGAGAUACAAAUGAUGGCAGAUCCAGCCAGAGGUUAUGCUUGGACGAGGGCUUUUCUUGGAUUGAAAGCGGAUGAGAUACAUGUAUGUGGCGAUCCAAGUGUCUUGGGGAUCGUUAGGAAAAUCUGUUCUGACACUGGGGAUGAGUUGGUUGAACAACAUUAUGGUAGGUUUAAGCCUCUGGUUGUUGAAGCUAAGACCUUACUGGGUGACCUGAAAAAUGUGAAGUCUGGUGAUUGUAUUGUUGCUUUUUCAAGGAAAGAAAUUUUUGAGGUAAAAUUGGCUAUUGAGAAGCAUACGAAGCACCGGUGCUGCGUUAUAUAUGGUGCACUCCCGCCAGAGACCCGUAGACAGCAAGCCACCUUGUUUAAUGACGAUAACAAUGAAUAUGACAUCUUGGUUGCAAGUGAUGCAGUCGGAAUGGGUUUGAAUCUUCAUAUCCGAAGAGUUGUAUUUUAUAGCCUCUCAAAGUAUAAUGGUGAUAAGACAGUUCCAGUCCCUGCAUCCCAGGUGAAGCAAAUAGCUGGGAGAGCUGGAAGAAGGGGAAGUAGGUAUCCCGAGGGAUUAACAACCACUUUACAUCUUGAAGAUCUUGAUUACUUAAUUGAGUGUUUGAAGAGCCCCUUUGAUGAUGUUAAGAAAGUUGGUCUCUUUCCUUUCUUUGAACAGGUUGAGCUAUUUGCAGGCCAGUUUCCAAGUAUUACUUUCGCUCAGCUACUUGAAAAGUUUGCUGAAAAUUGCAGGCUAGAUGGGUCAUACUUUCUCUGCCAUCAUAAUCAUAUAAAAAAGAUAGCAAAUAUGUUGGAGAAGGUUCAAGGAUUAUCAUUGGAAGAUCGCUUUAAUUUUUGCUUUGCUCCUGUUAAUAUUAGAGAUCCAAAAGCGAUGUACCAUCUUCUGAGGUUUGCAUCAUCUUAUGCAAAUAUGCUACCUGUUAAUAUUGCAAUGGGCAUGCCUAAAUGUACGGCUCGUAAUGACACAGAGCUCUUAGAUCUUGAGACUAAGCACCAAAUACUUUCAAUGUAUUUAUGGUUAUCCAAUCAUUUUGAGAAGGAUAAAUUUCCGUAUGUGAAGAAAGCUGAGGCAAUGGCUGUGGACAUUGCUGAACUACUUGGCGAAUCACUCACCAAAGCUAGUUGGAAACCAGAAUCAAGAAAUGCAGGAAAAUCAAAGAAGCAAGAGAAGGAUGGUGGUUAUGAUAGACCAAUGUCACUUAUCAAAUUAUCUCAAAAAAAAAAAGAGGGAGCAUUGCCAAAUGGACCACACCAGGAUAAAAGAAAAAAUGCUGCAUUUGAUUCUGCUGCAAGCAUAUGGAAUGGCACUGGAUUCAGCCAGCCAGCCAACAUCAACCAGCAAACGAAACCGGAUGAAGAAGUGAUGAUGGGAUCAUGGCAUCCUUUUGACGAAUUUAGUAUUGCCUGCAAACUCGCUCUCAGGUUCCCAGAAGCAUGCUAUGUGUAG